AUGAUGGAGAUAAGGGAGGGUAAGCCGGAGGUUCUGUGCCGUGUAUGUGGUGAUAAGGCGUCAGGCAAGCACUAUGGAGUCGCCUCUUGUGAUGGCUGCAGGGGUUUCUUUAAAAGGAGCAUAAGGAGAAACUUGGAUUACGUGUGUAAAGAGAGCGGUCGCUGCGUAGUGGAUGUGAGCAGACGGAACCAAUGCCAAGCCUGUCGCUUCUCGAAGUGUCUUCGAGUCAACAUGAAGAAGGAAGGUCGACGGUCGCGGGGGCUCGCCACUCUUGCCGCCGACUGUACCGCGCAGGCUGCCAGUUCGCACGGCUCCGGACUAGCUGCGGUGUCGUGUACCCCGCACGGUUCCAACUUCCCCAAAGCUGUCCAGCACGAGCGGGCGCGGCGUCCGGCGCUCAACGGCCAGCAGUUCCCGCUGCAGAAGAUUGGCUACGGCUACCGCCACCCGGGCCUGCUCCCCCCCGCCCCCCUGGCGGUCACCGCCUUCCCACCCCUCCACCCUUACGGCGCACAAGCGCUCGAGGGCUUCCGCGAGUUCGGCAGGUUUCCCGACUGCUCACCGCCGGACAUCCCACUCGGUAGCAUCCUCAACGCACCGGCCGGCGCGCUGGACUCCCUCAACCCGUUCAAGAUACCCCUCUUCCACACAUCACUGCACUAUCCGUCGCAAUCAGCCGGCUAUUUCCCGGCGAAUAUUUUCUACCCACCCGUCGCCACGGAGAGCUGCGAUUUGCGUUUACACGCUGCCGACGAACAUGAGACGUCACUAGAGUACCACGGAGCGCGGCACGACGACGCGGUGAAACCGGAUUCGCAACUCCCGGAAAAAGUGAAGGAGGAUGAAGUGUCCAGCUCCGAAGAAGCUCGCAGACACGACAGCCCCGCUACGGGUCUCGAUAAAGAAGAGACGGACGACGGUAACCGCUCCCACGGCUUCCACCCAUUCCGCUGCGUCGCGAAGCACUUCGGACUACCGAGCAACCUGGAUCCGGAGGGCACCACAAGACCAGCGUCCGCUACUGAGAAGACGCGAAACUCGGACGGACCGCACGAGUCCAGGGGGCCACGCCAGGGCGUUAACGACCCCACCACCAAGCUGCUGGUGGCCGCGGUGAAAUGGCUGCACGGCGUGGCAGCUCUUCGGCAGAUGAAGCCCGGCGAACAGACGCUUUUACUCCACAGCAACUGGCGGGAGAUAUUCGUGCUCACUGCCGCACAGUACUCGUUCUACUUCGACGAAGAUUACCUACCAUCGGAGCUUACGUUAAGCCAGCCGAGCGUAAAAGAGGAGUUCAAAAAGUUGGUGUCGCUGAUCAACAGGAUCGCAAAGUGUCGCCUCGACAGGACGGAGUUCGACUGCCUCAAAGCUGCCCUUCUAUUCCGAACAGAUGCACUGGACGGUGUGUCCUGUACGCGUACAGAGAUCUUGCAAGACCAAACGUUGAUCACCCUACAGAAGCACUGCUCGGGUAAAGACAGCAGUCGGCUGGGGAGGCUGAUGCUUCUUCUGCCCAGCGUGUGCUGCAUUGCCGGCCAGGGCCUGAUAGAGAAAAUGCUGUUCCCCUCGACGUCGUUGGAGGAAAUCAACGCGACGCUGUCGCGAAUUCUCUUGUACACGUCUGUU